UUCGUGCACCCAUGUUGGAAAACCCUAUUUAUACAAACUGACCUCUAAAUUUUGAUAAACAAUUAUGAACCAAUUGUUUUUGUGUGUAAACUAUGCAGUGUCAUAUCAGCGAACCCGUUUUUUCGCACUCCGGUAGUACCGUGUCGCCGGUAAAUAAAAGCAGCUAUCAACAAAAGACUUUGCUCAAUAACUCCGGAAGAGAGCUCAGCAAUGUUUAUCGAACACUUUCCGAUUGUAUUAGUGCUGUUUUUGUAUCAGUUCAACAUUUCAUUCAGUGAUUUUACCAGGCAAAGUUAUGAAGUGGGGAAACUCGUGGAAGAAUAUGAUCCGGACUCGGAUCCUCGAUUACCGCAUGAGCUGGGCAUAGGACACUAUUUUCAGGGUGAUAUCAUGUUGGAACCAAGUCAGGCCCGUGUAUCGAUUCCGGACUACUACUCAUCCUACAGUUGGCCAAACGCUACAGUGCCGUACUACAUAUCAUACAGAAUUUCUCGGGAGUCAAAACUCAGGAUCCAGGAAGCAAUCAAUGACUUCGAAAUGUACACGUGUGUGCGAUUUCCUAGCCGUCAAACAGGUGAAAAGAUUUUCCUUACCUUUACAAAUGAAGAGAGUGGCUGCAAUGCGUACAUUGGACGUCGCGAGGAUAACAAGUAUAACCGGGUCAAUCUACAGGAGCGAGCUUGCUUUAGGAAAUCAACAAUUGUGCACGAGAUCAUGCAUUCGCUAGGAUUCUUCCACGAACAUAUGCGUGAGGAUCGGGAUGAUUAUGUCGAGAUUUAUCGAAACAAUCUUCGAGCGGAAUAUCAAAACGAUGAUUUCUACAAUUCACAAUUCGGGGUCCUUCCACCUGGACAAGGUGAAACAUAUGGCCUGGAAUACUACUACGGCAGUGUCAUGCAUUAUUCCAUGUAUGCAGGAAGUGAGGGUAGGAAACCUGUGAUGGAGAACAAGAAACCGUGGACGGGAGAUUUUGGAAGCACAUACGGCCUCACUGCAACGGAUGCCAAAGCAAUAAAUUUCCGAUACAAAUGCAAUGGAACUUACCCGCAGCCUCCACCGCGAUGA